AUGAAUUUCAAUUAUUUUACUUUAUUAAUUGUUUUAAAUACGGAAAUAUAUGCACUUAAACCGAUACAUUUAACUUUAGUCGUCUGUGGUGAUAGACUUGAAGAAGCAUUGAACGCAUUGAAAUCAUCAUUAAUUUUUACACCAUCACCAAUUAUUUUUCAUAUUUUUACUGAAGAUCAUUUAAGAGAGCAAUUUAAUGAAAAAAUUAAUACCGAAUGGCCUAUUGAAUAUAAAUUGAAAUUUCAAAUCGAAUUUUAUUCAAUUCAAUUUACACGUGGAAAUGAUGAACGAUGGAGAAAAUUAUUUAAACCAUGCUGUACUCAGCGUUUAUUCAUUCCGGAUAUAUUGACAAAUAUUGAUUCAGUCAUUUAUAUUGAUACGGACAUACUAUUUUUAAGUAAUGUCAGAAGUUUAUGGCGCUUUUUUCGAAAAUUUAAUUCAACGCAAUUGGCUGCAUUGACACCAGAACACGAAGAUCCAUCUAUGGGAUGGUAUAAUCGAUUUGCACGACAUCCUUAUUAUGGAGCAAUGGGACUGAAUUCUGGUGUCAUGUUAAUGAAUUUAACCCGUAUGCGCCAGGUGAAUAUGGUUUCAAAGAUAAUGAACAUUUUUGAUGAAUUUCAUUUGAAUAUUACUUGGGGCGAUCAAUGUUUAUUAAAUAUUUAUUUUAAUUACUAUCCAGAGCAAAUCUAUGAAUUCAGUUGUAAUUGGAAUUAUCGACCGGAUCAUUGUAUGUAUGAAAAUAAUUGUCAAGUGGCUAAAUUAGAUGGUAUUAAAAUAAUUCAUGGUUGUCGUAGUGCAUUUCAUAAUGAUAAAUAUCAAGAAUUUAAAUCUAUCUAUGAAGUUAUUCUCAAUUGGAACUUUAAUUCAAAUAUUAAAUCUUCAUUAUUAGCGAACAUACAAAGUAAUUUAAAAAAAUAUUCAUUAACUAACUGUGGUAAAACUCAAGAAUUAUUUACCAAGCAUUUAUCAAAAGAAAUAUCAUCAUUAAAUUAUUCAUCGAAAAAUCUCUUUCAUAUUGCAUUAAUAUUUAGUAAUGAUUGGAAAUUUAUUGAACAGUCCUACGUUCUUCUUAAAUCACUUUCAUUAUUUUCCUCAAAUAAAACUGAUCAAAUGCAUUUACAUGUUAUUGUAACGGAUAGCGAUGCGCAAAACUAUUUUUCGAAACAGAUGAAGCUGAUGCACUAUACAAUUACAUAUUACAACACUACGAUAAAACAUCCAUUGCAAUUAUCAACAAUAUUAAAUGUUGAUCGUGUUGUAUAUUUAAAUUCAAAUAUAAUCUUUAUGAAAUCUUUUGAUAAAUUAUGGUCCUUAUUUGAUCAAUUCCAAUCAAAUCAAGUUGUUGGAAUGUUUGGUCAAUGUCAAAUUUCAGGUACUUCAAAUGUGUUACUAUUACAUCCAGCCCGAAUGAAAGCCUUAAAAAUAAAUUUUGAAGGUGUUAACAAUUUAUCGACGGAAAAUAUAUUUUUUUUAUCAUGCAAACAUAUUCUUGAUCUUGACCAUUGUCAAUCAAAAGAAGAUAUUUUAUUUCUUCCAGAAUCAAUCAAUCAUUCAUUAUAUGGAUUUUUAUAUAAAAUUAUUAGUCGAUUUGAUUUAACAAAAUCCAAUCAUUGGAAUGAUUCUAUUGAGAAUGAAUUGAGUCAAAUUGAAAAUAUACAGUAUCGAAAUGAAUUAAUUGAAUUAUUUUGCAACAAAUAA